AUGUUCUGGUCAAGUGUUAUCCCCUUUGCAGGGCUUUGCUCUCUGUUUCUCGACUUCGCUUCAGCACAGACAAAGUACGAAGUUCAAAAACCUCCACUUGACACCGACUGGACUUACGAGGUCGGCACCAAUCCUUGGCCGGAACAUCCGCGACCGCAGCUCAAGCGCGAUGCUUGGAAGAGCCUGAAUGGUAUUUGGACAUGGAGAGGCGAUGGCGAUCUCAGCAACCCGCCCAAAGAAGGCCCUCUGGAUCGUGAGGUGCUGGUCCCAGCUUGCAUCGAAAGCGCUCUGUCGGGAUUGCAGAUUCUUGAUCAGCGCGAGUUCUGGUACCAGCGGUCCUUCGAGGUAUCUGAUGACUGGAAGAACCAGACCGUUCUUCUUCACUUUGAGGCCGUCGACUAUAACUCAACAGUGUUUGUGAAUGGGAAAGAAAAGACGACGCACAUUGGGGGCUACGACCGUUUCACGGUCGACGUGACGGAUGACAUUAAGUUUGGAGAGUCAAAUGAGCUGCUUGUCUUUGUCAACGACCCGACGGACGAUCAAGUUAUCCCAAUUGGCAAACAGACCUUGCGACCGAGUCACAUCUUCUACCGCUCCUGCUCGGGCAUCUGGCAGCAAGUCUGGCUUGAGGCCGUUCCGAAAGACUACAUCACCGAUCUUGACCUCACUGCGGGUGCAGAUGGCCAAGUUACCGUAACAGUCCAUACUUCUCAAGAGGCUGGCGGAUCCGCCAAAGUGGUGAUCGAAGGCAGCGAUGGCACGGAACUGGCCUCCCAUGAAGGAACGGCCGAUGAAGAAUUCACUUUCACCGCCAAGUCGCCUAAACUAUGGUGGCCCGACUCCCCGACGCUUUACAACAUCACCGUGACACUCGACGGCGGAGACACGGUACACAGUUACACCGGCUUUCGAACCAUAUCCAAAGGCAAAGUUGAGAAUGUCACACGACCACUACUCAACGGUGAGUUUGUGUUCCAGUUCGGAACUCUUGACCAAGGUUUCUGGCCUGAUGGAUUGUACACGCCACCAAACAGGGAGGCCAUGGUCUCUGAUUUGAAGCUCCUGAAGAAGUUUGGUUUCAACAUGGUUCGCAAGCACAUCAAAUACGAGCCUCAUCUGUUUUACCAAGCAUGCGACGAGCUUGGCCUGUUAGUCAUUCAAGAUAUGCCUAGUCUUCCUGCAGACGGCAAUCGUAAGCCCAACGAUGCGGAACAAGCCGAGUUUCAACGACAGUUCGAGAUUCUUGUGAACCAGCACAAGAGCUACACUUCAAUCGUCACAUGGGUCAUCUACAACGAGGGCUGGGGUCAGCGAGACGGGUCUCCUGAGAAGAGCCUGACUGAGCUGCUUCAAAAGCUUGACAAGUCAAGACUCAUCAACUCUAUCAGCGGAUGGAAUGAUCAUGGGUUUGGUGACUUUCACGUAGAUAACCUCAAGACCUCAUCGAACACUUCACUGACUCGUUUUCAGGACAAUCAUAACUAUGCUGAACCUCAAUGCGGCACGCCAUUCUACUCGCAACCCAAGACUCCAUAUGAUCCUGAGCGCAUUGGCAUUGCAGGCGAGUACGGUGGCAUUGGUCACAACGUCUCGAUUGACCACCUUUGGAACGUCAAGCAAGCCAUCGAUAGCAUCCCCGAGACAUACGAAAUCAACAAGGACCUCGACUCAUACAAUUAUCGAUCCGGCGUCUUGUUUCGGGAUAUCCGCGAGCAGACUGAGCGGUUCGCUUGCAGCGGUGCCGUAUAUACCCAGACGAGCGAUGUUGAAGGCGAGGUGAAUGGUCUGAUCACCUACGAUCGUCGGUUCGUGAGGCCAGAUGUUGAGAAAUGGCAGAGUGAGAUUGCCAGUGUAUACGAGGCUGCAGCUUCUCGAGGCGGGCCCUCGAAUCCAGACACCGAGGACGAAUGGCAGAUUAUAAGCAAGGAAGACACUCAACCUGAUGACUUGGUAAAGGAUGAGAAUAAGGAAGUAGCCCAGGAGAAAAAGUCUGACAACUCGGAGAAGAGUCCAGCGGAGGAGAAGAGAGAAUUAGCAAAGGCGAAAUGGGAAGGCAUGCAGCCGCAGAGGGGCGGCGUGUAUCCUGACAGAGAAGUCAAGACACCAAGCUAUCCCCAGUUCACUGGAAACUGGUAA